AUGUCAUUCAAGCUUCUCAUCGCUGCUCUACCAGCCUUGGCUCUGGCCUGCACCGGCCCACCAACCAACCAAAAUGGUCUGAACUUGAUCAAGAGCUUCGAGUCCUUCCAGCCAAACGAGUAUGACGACGGCUUCGGCAAUCCAACAAUCGGAUAUGGCCACUUGUGCGCCGAUACGUCUUGCUCUGACGUAUCAAUUCCCAAGCCUUUGACCGAGGAUACCGCUCAACAGCUUCUUUCACAGGACCUGCUGGGCUACCAAAACGCUUUGACAAAUGCACUCGCCCAGCCUGUCACUCUGAACGAUAAUCAGUAUGCUGCGCUGGUAUCUUGGACAUACAAUAUCGGUAAUGGUAAUAUGGAGUCGUCGGAUCUUGUGAAACGCAUGAAUGCGGGCGAGGAUGUCUCCCUUGUUGCGCAUGAUGAACUGCCGCAGUGGAAUAAGGCCAAUGGUCAGGUUGUGGAUGGCCUGACUCGUCGUCGUGCUGCGGAGUUGCAGCUGUUUGAUGCACCUGCUACUCUUCCUGCGUUACCUGCUCCUUGCUAG